AGGAAUAAGAAUAGAAAGAAAAGAAAAAAAGAUGAAAAUGUCCUUCAACGUUAUCAGAACCGUGCCUGCAUGUUCCGCAAAGUCCACGAUCCCCUUCACUUCCGCCAUUAAAGCGUCUCUACGACCUCCUCUUACUCGCCAUCUUCCUCCUCUAAACGCUCUCGGCGUCUCCCAAUUCUCCCCUUCCUCGUCGAAUCUAGCCGUCCGCCGCGUCUCACUUUCUCUCCGGCAAAGCAGUCGUAACUUUCGAGGCGGUCGUUUCGUGGCCAUGGCGGCUCCUGGGUCUGUCCAGAAAUCCGAAGAGGAAUGGCGCGCGAUUCUGUCUCCUGAGCAGUUUAGGAUUCUCAGGCAGAAAGGCACAGAGUAUCCGGGCACUGGAGAAUAUGACAAGUUCUUCCAAGAUGGCAUCUACGGUUGUGCAGGCUGUGGAAUUCCUCUCUACAGAUCCACCACCAAGUUCAAUUCCGGAUGCGGCUGGCCAGCAUUCUACGAGGGACUUCCCGGUGCCAUAAACCGAACUCCAGACCCAGAUGGGAGGAGAAUAGAGAUCACUUGUACGGCCUGCGGUGGGCAUCUUGGCCACGUUUUCAAAGGAGAAGGCUUCGGGACGCCCACAGAUGAGCGCCAUUGCGUCAAUAGCAUUUCUCUCACAUUCAAGCCUGCGGAUUCUUAAUCUUCCGAAUGGUGAUGAUAACACGUUCCCAGGUUGUAUGGUGUUCAUGUCAGGUCCAUUUCCCUUUGUGAGUUUCAGUAGAAAAAAACUACGUGAGAGGACUUGGAAUGUGAUGUGGUGGUGUUUGUGAUUGUUUUGUGACUUGGAAGGUCGUUCUUCAUCGGCUGAACUUGUGUUUCAUGCAUGAAUAAUGAUGUAAUGAACAUAUGAAUGAGCCAGCUUUUAAUUUAGAUUACAAA